GUCACUUUAUGUCACUAUGAUAAAAAAUAAACAUUUUGAAGGUUAGAAAAACCGAACGAAGUGUUGUGUUGAUUUAUUAAUAAACUCUAUAUGGAAUUUAUAAUUUUAUAUGUUUAUUAAUUAGUACGAUAAAAUGGAAAACUACAGUAAAGGUAAAAAUGUAGAAGAAGAACUGGAACGAAGCAAAAUACCUAUUAAAGACCUGCCAGAAAAUUUUCUGUGGAUGCAAGUGAAAGGUGGCAGCAAAAUGUCCAAUUUAUUAUCUCAUGCAGCAGGUAUCCUGGAAGACAAAGCAGCCACUGCUGUCGUCUGGACUGGAGCUGGAGUAGCCAUUUCUAAGGCCAUAUCAUGUGCCGAAAUAUUGAAACGACAGUUUUCCAUUGAACAUCAAGUUACAAAACUAACAUAUAAAACUGUGGAAGAAUAUUGGGAGCCCAAAAUAGAUGGUCUUGAGACACUAGUAGUAAAAAGACAAAUUCCUAUUAUACACAUACUGCUCUCAGUGGAUGCUGUCCCGGAUACUAAUCAAGUGGGGUACCAAAGUCUCAAUGGAAAGAAGUUUUGGCAGAAGGAACAGAGCAGCAACUCCAAGCAUAACCAAUCACAUAAAAACAAGAAACCAUUUAAACAUAAGAAAACAUAAACAAUUUACAUUUUAAUAAA